AUCUCCUCACUAACCAACAGCCACACCUACCAGGAAGUGCAGGAGAACAUGAGACGCUACAGCACUGUAAUGUCUAUCAGUCAGUGUUGUAUCACUGAUCAAGGUUAAAGAGGGUAAAAUAAGGCGGACAGGAUCAAGUCAAACGUUGUCCUGUUCUGUUCCUGGUCCUGCUGGUGUUUGCUGGCUGGAGGAGCAGUGUCCCGCAGGCUGAUGGAGGCUGUGAGGAUGCUGCAGGUCGCUGUUUACUGUUUGUGCUGCAGAGUCGAUCAUCCUGCGGACUAACGAGCCUCCAAACACGGCGUUGAAGCUGAAAGGUCCGGGAUCUUUGCCUGGAUCUCACACAGACAGGCUGCUGCUCGUGUUGCUCCUCCUCGACAUACUGUUUGAUUCAAGAGUGUAAAGGAACUUCAACCGGAAACCAAACUUUUUUCUUCGAACUUUUUCUCUGAGGCAGAAAAGGAAAAAGAGGCGAUCCUUGGUGUCAUAAACUACGCAGUUCCUUAUUCUUUUCAUUUACGUGUGCUGCUGGAACCAAAGCGUUUCUGGCCAGAAUACGGGCGACGUCGAGUGAUUUGAGGCGAGUUCUCAGCCACAUAACGGAUCCUGGUCCUUUAUCAUGGAAGAUGGUGUGAAAGAGGACUCAGCCCAAAAGAAAGAGCCAAAGUUCCUGGGUAAGGCUGGCUGGCUAAAGAAGGCCCCGGGCAGGCUGCUGGCGAGCUAUAAAGAUCGAUACAUCCAUGUGGAGAAGACAGAGGUUGUGGUGUAUGAAACUGAGGACCUACAGAACUCCUUGGAGAGGCUUGACCUGGAAAACUAUGAUACAUGUCAUGAAUUAAAGAGCCCCUUCAAGAAAAAGCACAGACUGAUAUUGUUGCGAUCACCAAAGUCUGGAAAUAAGGUCCAUGAUGUGAAGUUCCAGGCUCAGACUGCAGAGGAGAAGGAGGCUUGGAUUAAAGCCCUAAUUGAUGGAAUAAAUCGAGCAAAGAACAAGGUCUUUGAUGAGGUGAAGGUUGAUGAAAGCAAUAAUUUAGAGCAUGUCACUCGAACAAGGCCCAAAGGGAAUCGUAACCGACGGCCACCGACCAGGAUACACAUGAAAGAGGUAGCCGUAGUGUCAUCAGAAGGUAUCCUGCGUUUGGAUCUUGAUCUAGAAGGUGCAAUAAUGCCUAAUGGGAACCAUAAUGCCAAUGUUGACGGCACUGAGUCUCUUAAAGAGGCAGUCUCAGCUCCUGAGUCCAACACCAGCAAAGCUGCAGAGAAACCAUUUGUGCCGAGUGCUGAGGAGGAGGUUCAGGGGAAGGUCAGUCCCCAGAAAAAGGUCAUCAAACCUCCCAUGCCACCUUCCAAAGAGGCUAAAUUCAGUUCAGCCCCCGAGGAUGAGCCUGAUAAGGAUGAUGAUCCAGAGACAAAGGUCCUGAAGCCACCAAUGCCUCCAUCAAAAGAAGCCAAACCGUGUGCCUCACCUGUUGAAGAAGUUACAGAGCAGGAAAAACCUGACAAGGUGCCUGAAAUGAGUUCUGAUGCCAGGAAAAAGACAGGCCCACCACCAAUGCCUCCUAACAAACCCAGUUCUAACAGCUCCAUGAGCAGUCUUGCAGAGGCCUUGCAGUCCAGGCCAAACUCCCACCUUCCUACCCCUCCAUCCAAAGAGAAUAAGCCUUCACCUCCUGCUGUGGAGCCAGUCCAACAGGUGCUAGCCACAUCUGAUGAGAACACAGAGAAGAAAGAAAACAGUAAGAAGGAGAUAAAUGAAGAAACAUAUGAGGUAGAAGAGUCCAUUCCAAAUGAAGCUCUAACUCAUGUCAGAGGUGAUAAACCGGAAAGUCCUACAACAGAGGGAACGGUUUCUGAAGAAGAAUCAGGUGAGACUAUCAGCAGUGGCAUAAAUAGGGCAUUUGACGAUGACCCAGAAGUACCCACAGAGCCAUUGAGAACGAGCCAUAGUCCUCUUCUAAUCCCCCCAGAAAAGCUUGACGAACUUGUUCAGCCUGGAACAUCGCACAUAGAGAACUGCUCAAUUAUAAGUCUGCCUACUGAGGGACGUGACGCUAUUGCCUCUGAUACCUCAAUCAAUUCUCAUCAAGUAGAAGACGAGCUGCCGAAGUAUGAAGGCCCCUCAGUAGUUGUCUCUCUGAAUGACCCACCCAACGACAGCCUCAGCCUGAGUCCGCUGCUUUGUCACUUGUCAAUGGAGAAGAAGAAGAAGGCAGAGGAGAAAUCUGUAGACAGUGGUCAGCACUCAGAUGAUAACAGUGAAGGUUCUGGGAGUGAAGACACACUGGCAGUUUCCACAGCUGCGCUCAGGGGAAGCCACGCUGGUCUGGAUGUGUUGGAUGCUAGUGAGGACGACUCUCACAUGUCUGUUAUUUCAAGGCCGGCACUGGUCUCAACCAAGCCUCAGGUUAGACCAAAGGUCUUUCCCUGUGGCUUAGAGCCACCCACCUCCCUCAAACCCUCAGUUAAGACCAGAUCAGCCUCUUUUGGAGAUCUGCUCUCUGACUCUGCUGUCUGUAUUCAGGUGAAACAGUCUAGCAGUGCUGGGGCUGGAAUUGCCGGGGCUCUAAAUGAUGAUGUGCUAAAACUUGAGACUGAAGUAGCUCUGGAGAUGGAGAAGACGAGCAAGCUCCUAAGCAGAGUGUCCCAGGCUCAGGAGAGAGGUGAUGGGGAGGGCAUACCGGAAAAUCUGCUGGCUAAGGCCAUGGAGAAGUUGAAGACGGCUGACCAUGUCCUCAGGGAGGUCAAGAAACUGAAACUUGCCAACAGCUCGAGUAACAGGAAGAGCUGGUGAAUGUUAAUGAUAGCAACUGACCGAUCGUUAAACCCAUGACCUAAGCAGUAAUAUCCAGUCCAAACUCAAAAACCUUAAAUAGCCCUGUCAAGCUUUGGAAUUCACUAUAUGUUUGCAUGCUGGUGAAGGUUAAGGGAUGAUCAAGGGACGUAUACAAGAGUUAAAGGUUACAAAAAGGCCCAUUCAUGAUUGGUACAUUAAGCAUGUUCUCCCCACAGUGCAAAGGCCAGUCCUGGAUACUCUUCAUUGGAUUUGGAAAAGUUACCACUCCAGCAACCCCUGCAAGCAUCAAAUGCAUGCUGAAAGCCAUUUUAUGUUAAAAGCCAAAUGCAGCAUUUGAACAGACAUCUUUUUAAUCAACUCAUGGAGAUAAUAUUAUCCUGUUUGGCUUGACCUUUGCCUGAAAUAAAGGAGAUGGCGGUUCAGAAAGAGUCUUCAAUUGGUAAUUUGUCACUUUUAUCAGUGUAAGCUGCGCGUGCUGUGUGAGAUUGAAAAUUGCUGUAUGGAAACUUUAUUGCAGAGUCUGGGUUUAAUGAACAGUCACUGACAGAAGUGAUCAUUGUUGAUGUUUAUACAGCUAAUGCAACUGUUCACUCAUAAUUACUUGUGUGCAGUUAUUUCACAUUCAAAUCUGCCUGCAGGCAUAAGCAAUGCUUAAUAUUGUACUGUGUAUUAUUUUUGUUGUAUAUGCAAUAUCGAACAUUUCAGAAAUUAAUAAUUACUUGAAAGCUAAUUUGAAAACUAAUUAUAUGAUAACUAUGAAAAUAUGAUGAGAACUAAAACUAUGAUUACUAAAAUCAUUACUUUUAAGAACUUUUAAGAAUACAUAAAAAAGUACUAAAAAGUCCAAAAACUCCAAAUCAAAUUCCAGUUCUACAUUGUGAAUUUGAGAGGCUUUUUCUCCUAUUUUAAACAUAGCAAGUUUGUGCUCAUAUUUUACAUGAGAGAAUUUCUACUGUAGAAAUUUGACUGCAGAAUAUAUGUUUUUAUCAUUGGUAAAGAAAGAUGUACCAACAUAGCUCAGGAGUUUUCUGAAAUUCAUCUUUGCAGACUAUUCACAUGAUUAAAGCAAAUCAAAGAAUAUUUCUAUUUUCAAUAGAAUGAUUGCAGAUUUUUUUUAAUUAAUGAUCUAUUUUUCAUACUAGUAUUUUACAUGGCACAGAACAAAGCAUUUGUUGCAGCUCUCACUAACCCAACUUACAUUUCAACAUAAUAUAAAUGUGUUUCAAUGAAGGAUAUGUUCUUAACAGUGAUGUUCCUACAGGCUGAAUCAUGGACUAAUUAAGAUUUUUUGUCCAGUGCUUGAUAACAAUCAUGGUAGUUUUGUGCCAUGCAGAGUAUGUAAGAACAUUUUCCAACAGCAGAUACAGUUUUGUACUCUUUGAUAAAAAAGUGCCAUUAUCCAAAUAAACAAAGGGAAACUA